AGGAUGGCCACGGCGCACAAAGGUAUCCAUCAGGAAAUUACGUAUGCCCUGGUAUAUAAGGCCCACAUGUAUGAGGAAAGUCGCCUGCUUUCCGCAACCAUCUUGUAUCGCCGUCAAACAUGGCGACUGUGCCCGACGACGCUGGAGGUCCUCCGCCGGAUGGUCAAGUGCCAGAGCGCACUCCUUCUCCAGGCUUUGACCCACGGUAUCUGGAAUUCCGUACGCCCUCUGACAGCCCGCAAACACCGGAGGAGCGUCCUCGCUAUCUCAGGAAGAAAAUUGUGUCCAUCAUCGGCUAUGCUGUCUGCCUGUUCACUGGCAUGAUGCCCUCGUUCUACCUGCUGGAAUGCAUGCACAUCAUUCCGAGGUCGCUGCAUCGCACCCAUUGGGUCAUGUUUUUCUGCUUUCGCGAGGCUGUGGGGAUCAUGAUUAACGGAGAGAGGAACCUGAACCUGGAUACCUUCGGGAACUGUGAUUUAGGCCGGAAAGAAUUCCAUGCUAUGCUCGACGGACCCUCUGUUAAAGAGGGUGAAUACGGUCAAGGGGAAAUUGCCCUUCGUCCAAAGAAUAUGUCGAAAGAAGUUGCUCAUAUUCGGAAACACUGGGGCGAGGACUAUGAAAAGAUGUAUCCCGAGCUCUACUACGAGUAUGACAUAUACGGGUUUCUGCGACCGGACAAGGACGCUCCCUUCUACGGAAUAUUUCCGAACCCGGACCGCACCUACGGCCACCUCACAAAACAGCAGCGCGCAGACCUUUUGCGUGAGCUCGAUGUCAGGAUCGCCGAGCCUAGCGAGAGCGGGGACGCUCUGACUCCAGAAGACGUUGCGAACGAGAAAAAACCUCCUUGUUCCGGAAAAGGUGACCCAAUCCCCCACAUUCUGAAGGCCGGAUGUCAAGGCUAUACGCGCCGGAGUCACCUCAAACCGGUUAUGGCCAUGUUCGACUACGUCUGGAAGAUCAAGUAUCGCCUCGAUCACCCCGAGCUCGGAUUGAUCAAGACAAUUCCCGAGGAAGACCUUGCUUAUUUUGAAGACGUACUUUGGCCGGAGUUCAAGGAUUGGUACGAACCAACGCCGGAGAUCCAGGCAGCAAUGGACGAAUAUGUGCUACCCGGGAAGAGGAAACUGCGGAACCAGGCAGUGAAGUCCGAGCCCAUUGCGCAGCCGAACUUCACUGGAUCUGCCCCCGCACCGCGCGCGAACACCACCGAUGGUGUCUUCAACAACAACGACUUCGCCGAUGCCCCGUCUCAGCCUGAGCGAGGCACCCGCCCCUGCCCCACGGCUGCCCGGUCCAACCCCCUUUGGAACGGCUCUCCGCCUCGUCGCUCGGUUGAUGACGACUUUUAUGGUGAGAGCGCACCCUCGACUCCUUGCCCACCACCGCCUGAGGACGGGCCCGAGUUUGGUCCUGCCGCGUCCUCCGAGGACUCGGACGACGCUGCCACGCCGAAGGCCACUACCGUGCCACUUCCAGCCGUUCCCGAAACGCUUGACCACGACGGCGACGACGAGUCCGAUCUUAGCUCCCUCUCCGAUGACGAAUCUGACCUGACGUCUUUGGACUCUGACGACGAGUCCGACACCUCGACGUUGACCUCCCUGGGCUCUGAGUCUGACGAUGACGCUCCGAGGACCUCGUCCGCCGCCGACGACGACGACUCUGACCUUUCCUCUCUGACCGAAUCGGCGCUGCCCUCCUCGGCCUCGUCUUCGUUUACCGACAUCGUUCCUCCUGCUCCUGAGUCCACUCAGCACGCAACUGCGCCAAUCUCCGAGGCUGUCAUCGCCAUCUCUGGCCCUUCGAACUCGGCACUGUCCGCUCCAUCCAGUGACCAGCCCUCCCAGCCCUCGAGGCAGCUGCGCGAGCACAACGCGACAGGUAAGGCUGCAGUGAAGCGCGCCCACGAGGACGUCUCCGUUGACGACGACGACCUCGACAUGCCCAAGGAGAAGAAGCCGCGAGCGACCAAGAACAUGCCCAAGGUCAAGAAGUCCGCCGAUGAUGCGGAGGAGCCCGCGACGACGUCGAAGAAGGGCAAGGGCCGGGCUUAG